AUGACGUCGUCUUCUUGUCCUCAGGUGGACACUCUCACUCAGAGGACAGAGGAGCUGGAGAAGGACAGAGAUCGAGUCCGAUUGGCUCUGGAGAGAAGUGAGGCAGCUGUGAUUGACUACAAGGAGAGAAGCCACCAACAGGAGCAGAGCUCAGGGGAGAGACCAAACUCAGGAGAGGGUGUGGGGGACAGACUCGUUGUCCUCCAGCGUCUCGUUGCUGAACUCGAACUCGAACAAAAACGACUGAGCAAGAAAAACUCACAUCUGGAAAAUACAAAAGAAAAAUUGAAGAGAGAGAGACACACACUGAGAGACACACUGAGACAGGUGGAAGACGAGCGAACGAGGCUGAGACAACAGCUGAUUGUCAGCAGCAGAUCUCAGGAGUCUACAGACACCACAGAAGAAGAGCGUCUGCGGAGUCGGGUGAUGGAGCUGGAGGAGCAGGUGAGUCAGCUCCAUCUCUCAUUGGCUGUGGAUCAACAGCAGAGGGCGGAGUUUAUCCAGCAGGCGUCCAGAAACAGCGAGUGGCUGCUGUCCCUAAGACAUGACCUCAGUGAUUCGCUCGCCAUCGUCACACACUGUCCAAUCCCAUCAGUCCUGGAGUCUGAGACGCAGCGAUUGGACCGCAGUCUGAAGGAGGAGGAGCUGAGGAUGUCCCUCAGCCAAUCGUAACGCUGAAAAAUGUAAAAUACAUAAUGAAGCUUUUAGCCAAAGGCAGUCAGCUGUUCUGUUGCUAUGGAAACAGCUUGAUAUCACAAAGGAAGUAAACUGUCCAACCACAGGUCGUCUGUCACGACUGAAAGACGCUGGUUCAACCUCGUGUGUUUUCUGUUUUCAUUUGUUAUGACGCACUACAUUUCCCAUGAUCCCUCAGUCUGAGCUGCUUGUGGUUCAUGUGAAGACUCGAGGUCCGCUCUGUGUAAAGUUCAAUAAAGUUUUCUAAACCAAA